AUGGAAUGUAGGUCACCAUGGCAAUGGGAUCACCUGGUCACACAGCCUGUGAGCCCUUGGGGCUGAAGUUCUGCUGCCAACAGAGAGAAGGGUGGGGUUGGCAUGGGGCAAUGUUUGAGGUACCAGAUGCACUGGGAGGACCUGGAAGAAUACCAGGCCCUGACCUUCCUGACAAGAAAUGAAAUCCUGUGCAUCCACGACACCUUCCUGAAGCUCUGUCCCCCUGGGAAAUACUACAAGGAAGCAACACUGACUAUGGACCAGGUCAGCUCCCUGCCGGCCCUGAGGGUCAACCCUUUCAGAGACCGAAUCUGCAGAGUGUUCUCCCACAACGGUGUCUUCUCCUUUGAGGAUGUGCUGGGCAUGGCAUCUGUGUUCAGUGAGCAGGCUUGCCCCAGCCUGAAGAUCGAGUACGCCUUUCGCAUCUAUGAUUUUAAUGAGAAUGGCUUCAUCGACGAGGAGGAUCUGCAGAGGAUCAUCCUCCGACUGCUCAACAGUGACGACAUGUCGGAGGACUUGCUGAUCGACCUCACGAACCACGUCCUGAGUGAGUCGGAUCUGGACAACGACAACAUGCUGUCUUUCUCAGAGUUUGAACACGCGAUGGCCAAGUCUCCAGACUUCAUGAACUCCUUCCGGAUUCACUUCUGGGGAUGCUGA